ACCAUAAUAUUAAUCUUCAUAUUCACACAUGUAGCUGGAAUAUGCAGUCGUUACUUUUCGCAAUUUUAACGUUUUUAUGCUUAAUGUGUCGGGCUAUAGGAAUGGAGGUGUUUUUCUAUUUUGCGUACGGCAGCAACCUGCUUAGUAAUAGAAUUCACAUUAAGAAUCCUUCGGCCGUGUAUUAUGGUCCUGCCAAAUUGUCGGACUUCAGACUAGAUUUCAACAUGCAGACCCCAACGUGGAACGGAGCCGUGGCGACCAUUGUACCGGACACAAACAACACUGUUUGGGGCACUCUCUGGCUGAUUGAUAUUGACAAAAUGGAUUUUCUAGACAAGCAAGAAGGUGUGGACCGCAAGAGUUACUUCGCAAAGAACGUGACAGUGGCAAGAACUGACGGAUAUGAAAUAGUAGCCCGCACUUACAUCCUAACCCAUAACCCUGCGAAGCUUAAACCAGGACAAAUGCUCCCCGACAACAGGCGCCCAUCUGAUACAUAUAUGAAGGUAAUAAUUCUCGGCGCGAUUGAAAGUGGACUACCUGCUCGCUAUGUAAAUUAUCUGAAAACUUUUCCAACAAACAACAAGAAAGCACCAAAAGACAUGCUUAAGUCUCUUGGAACGGUGACACUAGUAAAUAAAAAGGUCUACAAAUUCGACUGAAAAAAUAUCGACUUACAUAUAAAAUAAAUACUGCAUUUUGUUUUUCAUUAUGUUUA